AUGAUUUUUAUCUUUAGCCUUUCCGCCAACCUCUCUUCUUUCACCUAAAAUCAAUGCGAUUAUGCUAUUGUGUUCAACAGGACAUCAUCAUCAAUGGGAAAGAUCUCCAAAUUGUUACUGUUUUUUUCAUUCCAAUACUGCAGCUUCAUUGCUUGUAGCGCUAACCCAAUAUUCAAGAGCAUUUCCACUGAUGAAUCUGCUCUUCUUGCCAUCAAGUCUUACAUAACAAACGAUCCCUUUAGCAUAUUAGCUACCAAUUGGACCAGAGGAACCUCUGUUUGCAAUUGGAUAGGCAUAACCUGCAGUCAAAAGAACCAAAGAGUUACGGCAUUGGAUCUGUCCGCGAGAUCGUUCCAAGGCACAAUAGCCAAAGAAGUUGGGAAUCUCUCCUUCCUUGUUUCUCUUGACAUGAGCAGAAACAAUUUCUAUGGCUUCAUCCCAUAUGAAAUUGGCUAUUUGAAGAGAUUGAGAUACCUAUAUAUGCAGCUCAAUGCACUAAGCGGCCAGAUACCACAGAGCUUCGGGUUCUUCACCAGAAUGGAAGAAUUAGUCCUGAAUAAUAACAGCCUCAGUGGACCAAUCCCCCGGUCCAUUUUCAACAUUUCUUCGUUUCGUUCUGUUGACUUGAUGUAUAACUUCCUCAAUGGGACACUUCCGGAAGAUCUCUGUACUAAUCUCCCGAAAUUGGAAUACUUUAAUGUGUCAUACAAUCACAUCGGCGGCAAAAUUCCGGCUACCCUGUCUCAGUGCUCAGAGAUCAAGUUCCUUUUUCUGGAAGGCAAUUAUUUUACGGGUUCCAUUCCUGAAAAUGUUGGCAACCUUUCAAAACUAGAGCAGUUGGAUCUCGGUAGAAACGAGUUAACAGGUGUAAUACCUUCAAGACUUUUCAAUAUAUCUUCACUGAGUGUCCUAAUAGCUUUUCUUAAUCAGUUAUCCAGCGGCCUUCCGGGCGAUAUGUGCAAGAACGCCAUGAAUCUCGAACGUGUGCUUCUCUCUACAAACAUCCUCACUGGACCAAUCCCUUCUAGCUUGUCUUAUUGUCGUUCGAUGAAACAAUUUUCUGUGCCGUACAACAAUUUCCAAGGGCUAAUUCAAGCUGACAUUUGGAAUAUGUCAUCACUUGAGUAUUUGCAUCUCACCGCUAACAACUUAACAGGGAAGUUAGAUUUGAGUUGGGGAAAUUCCUCCACCUGGAAGAGAAUUGGUUUAGGAGGAAACAGAUUAUACGGUAACUUGCCGAAAGAUCUAGGAUUCAGGCAUCCAAACUUGGCGUAUUUAGAGCUCAAUGAUAACAGACUUACCGGCCAAAUCCCUUCUAGUCUCUCACAAUGCAGCGCACUCUCCUGGAUUAACUUGGAUUCUAAUUACCUCAGAGGAGGCAUACCACCUGCCAUGGCUAACAUUUCCGCGCUUCAAUAUCUGUCUCUCUCUCGCAAUAUGCUGAAUAGCGAAAUCCCACCCGAGUUAGGGCAGUUGACGAGUCUUGUAGGGCUGCAUCUGCAAUCAAACAAGCUAACUGGCAAGAUUCCUCCAUCUCUAUUCAACAUCACAACGUUACGAAAUUUGACCCUUUCCAUGAACCAACUUGUGGGCAAUGUUCCACCAAUUCCUUGAUCAUGAUUCCACAUACAGAAGCCGCCUGAUGUUUGCUUUACUCUUUAGGUGCACAAAGGGAAAAGAUAUCAGCCAAAUUGGAUUCAGGCGUGGGAGUAGGGAGAGUGAUGAAACCAGAAUAAGAUCAUUUUUUUAUUUUUAUUUUUUUGACUUUCAGAUGGAUUUCGUUUUCAGGUAGGUCUGGCAGAAUCACUCCCUGAAGUCAUGUAAGUAGCGUAAUUGUAAAUUUUUCGCUACAAUAUCAUUAGAAUUUCUUGUUUAAUUACUUUUAGUAUGCUAACUACAUAUGGUUCAUGAAGUUAAUUUUAUUACUGGAAAAGGAACUCCAUUGCUUUUAAGCAUCAAAAUGAAAACUUAAUUCUCAUCUCAACUAACAAGCACUGCAAUGACCUUAACUAUGAUUAAAUCGCCUAAUAAUGGUUUCAUUUCAAAUCCACCAAAAUCGGAUCAUUAGGUCUCUAUCGAGACCACCCAACCACUAUUAAGUAUGAACUUUAAUCAUUAGUUUCCUGAGUUCCAUACAGUCCCAUGGGAUAUGAUAAAACUAAGAAACAAGAAUAUCCGCGCAUUCCAAGAUCAGUCCACAUAAAUUCCCCACCAACACACAUACACACACACUCUUAAUUUGUAAGGAAUUCAGAGUUUUUGUUCUUAGUAUCAGGUACAAAUGCUCCGCAACUUUUUCUCGUGAAUAAUAAAACCUUACAGCUCCAGUAACUUCCAAGUUUUUCACAGUUGAAGAAAUUCCAUUCCCAAUGCCUUCAAAAAAAUUCAUUACUUUUUAGACUUCUAAUGGUGGAUAUCAUAAUCUCAUAACUGAAAAGACCAUUAGUUUGGAAAAUAACACCGCCACAACUACUCCUACUGCUACUAAUUAAGAACUAAACUCUACCUACAACUAUUCAAAUGAACUUGCCAAUAUAGACAGUUUCUUUAUGACAUUUUGCAGUCUCCCUAAUCAAUUCUUCUUGGCUGCAAAAGAAACAGCUAUUGGAGAACGCACGUAAUGCUUUCCGUCUGUCCACAGCAACUCUCCAAAUCCAUGACGACCAUGAUCAGGUGAUAAAGCAUUGUGAUGAUGAUGAUGACUUUUUCCAGCUUUCACAGUCAACUCAAAGCUCAGCUCUUCUCCAUACCGACCGAAAGUCAACAUCUCCGGCUUCACAGUCACAGACACUCCAGCAGGGUGGCGUAACCGAGCAAUAUAAGUUCCAGGAAGGCCAACAUUCUUCAGCGUGCGCUUCACCGUGACUUGUUUGAGCGGCUCGAGGUUUGUGACAGAAAUAGAUGGAUAGUUGAAGUCGUUGAGGUCGAAUUUCUCAGGACAUCUGUAUGGCUUACCGGUAACCAAACGAAUCGCCGUUUCGUUGUAGCCAGUUCCACAGAGGAAGUUCAAAUGAUCCUUCAAGGUCAAGUCAUAUACCAAACCCGGAUCCAUGGCACGAUUAGGCCUCAAAUGUCCGGAACCAUAACCAAACGGAUCGGACUUCUUGUCGUCAUACAUGUCCUCCAUCGGGUUCUUCGUGUUGUCGCGGGUUCGGCCUGUGGUCAUGAUGGCGGAUUUGAUGGCGGCAGGACUCCAGUCGGGGUGGAGUGUCCUGAGGAGGCCAACAACUCCGGAAACGUGAGGACA